AUGGAUAGGAAUUCGCCCCCGAAUCGGCUAGAGGUCGGAGUGGUUCUGGUCGCGGAUCCAGGAAUUAUCUCCGCAGGCAAGAAGGACAGUUUUUCCUUCGGCCGUCCAGCCAGCGCGCUCCUCGCACCCGUGCGAAGCAAGGCGCCUGAAGCCGCUUCCGGGCUGCCCGCGCUGGGGAGUCUUCCAUCGCAGGAAUCCUCUGGCUCUCAGACGAAGAAGCCUCCCACCGUGCCCUUCAACCGCACCCUAGCGUACCUGACCUUUCUGUUUGUCGGCGCGAAUUCGCUGGUCAACUGGAUAUUCGUGAUGCAGACGAUUCCGUUCAUCGCGCGCUCCUUCCUAGAUGGCCAAGACUGGAACAACACCCUGCUCGGCUCCUUCCAAGCGAUCGAAGUGCUGGUCCAACUCGCGAUGCUCAAGCUCGGCAGCGCGAACGUCAUGCUGGUAUGCGUCACCGGCGUCGUCAACGCCCUCGCGGGCCUCCUGGUUGCUCCGCUGACGCUCUACACAAGCAAAACUGUUUCGGUGUGGAUGCUGCAUCUCAUCUGCCUCGUCCUCGGUGCCUGCUCGGGCGUCUACCAGGGAUCCGGUUUCGCCAUUGCUUCCAUGAUGCCGGAGAACUUCGUCGCCAGCGUGUCGGCAGGCCAGGGCUUGGCGGGGCUGUUUGUGUUUCUCGUGGUGACGGGGGCGUCGUUUGCGGUCUUUGACAUCGACACAAAGCAGGGCAUCGAAGGCAUGGUCUGGGCCGCGUUUUCGAUCUCGGCAUGUCUGUCGGUUCUCUGCUCCGGCGUCUUUUUCGUCGUCAUGCGCCAACCCUGGGCGGCGACGUCCCUCGCGCGCGUCCGCGCGGAGAGAGCUGCGAAGCGCGAGCGUGCGCGGAGAGCGAAAGCUGCCACGGCGGCUGAGGCCGCGCGCGGAGACCUCGCGGAGAGGUCAGCAGUUGCAGAGUCCGGCUUGUCGAGCGGGAUACCGUCUGCGGCGGUGACGCGCGACACGACGCUGUGUCCCGAGCCGCAGGAGCCGACGGCGACUUUGGAAGAAGGUCGAGGAGUCACAGACGCGGCCGCUGAAGGGCAUACAGCUGAAAUGGAGUCGCGGCCAUGGACGAGUGUCUUCCGCUCCGCACUGCCGUGGCUCUUCAUGACUGUGCUGCACAUGUUCAUCAGCUUCCAUCUCUUUCCCAAGGUGGGGCCACUCUCGUGGAACUAUGACAGCCCGCCCAAGAACUACUUGGUCAUUUGCUUUGGCGUUUUCUACGUUGUCGAGUUCAUUGGCAGGUCGCUGCCCGACCUCCACGGCGUCCGCGGCCUCGGCUUCCUCCACCUCUCUAGGCGAGCGUUUGUCAUUGCAGAGGUGUCGCGCCUCUUGUUGUUCGUUCCGUUUAUUUUAGGAUACGCGCUAAAAGGCGUGCCCUUCAUCAACAGCUUCUAUUGGUACUGCAUACUCAUAGCCGUCUUGUCGCUUACGCAGGGCUGGUUGGGCACCUUGACCUUCUACUACUCAGUAAACAGCGUGGAGUCGCCGGUCGAGCGAGAGCUGACAGGCCCGAUGGCGGCGAUCGCGUCUCCGCUCGGCUGCGUCAUAGGACUCUACACUGCAACUCCUUACUAG